AUGAAGGGGGAGAAGGAGGAGGAAGCAGAGGUGGAGCUUGUCGCCCCUGCGGUGCGCCUGCAGCCGCCAUUGGCCGCAAAAGACCGCACCCAGCGGCGCACUGAGUCAGAACAGCUGGCGCGGGACCGCAAUCUGGUGCAAGUGCAGGUGCGGCUGAUCUGGGGCCGUGGCGGCGCGUGGGAGAUCGGCGCUGCCGGCAUGACCCCUGCCGUGCUGUCUUCCAUCAUGGACGUGUUGGUCAAGCGGAGCUUCGUGCGGCUGCGCUGCGGCGUGGGCGGCAAGGGGCGGCAGGCGCUGGCCAAGCAGCUGGAGGAGCUACUGGACUGCGCGGUGGUCCACCAGAUCGGGUUCACGGUCACGCUGUACCGCCAGCAGGGGCUGGCGCGGCCACAGGGCUGCAGCUGCAGCCUGAAAUCGUGA